GUAUCUUUGCUUACCUGAACUACCAUGUGCCCCGGACGAGACGGGAGAUCCUGGAGACUCUUAUCAAAGGGCUCCAACGCUUGGAGUACAGAGGCUAUGACUCUGCAGGUGUGGGACUCGAUGGAGGAAAUGACAAAGACUGGGAGGCUAAUGCUUGCAAAAUCCAUAUUAUCAAGCAGAAGGGGAAAGUGAAGGCUCUGGAUGAAGAAGUUCACAAGCAACAGGACAUGGACCUGGACAUUGAGUUUGAUGUGCACCUUGGCAUUGCCCACACUCGCUGGGCCACGCACGGCGAGCCCAACCCCAUCAACAGCCACCCCCAGCGCUCUGAUAAGAACAACGAGUUCAUCGUCAUCCACAAUGGCAUCAUCACCAACUACAAGGACCUGCGGAAAUUCCUGGAGAGCAAGGGCUACGACUUCGAGUCGGAGACAGACACGGAGAGCAUCGCCAAACUGGUCAAGUACAUGUACGACAACCGCGACAGCGACGACAUCAGCUUCACCACCCUGGUGGAGAGAGUCAUCCAGCAGCUGGAAGGAGCUUUUGCCCUCGUGUUCAAGAGUGUUCAUUAUCCUGGACAAGCAGUUGGUACCAG